AGGACCAGGCUAGUGUACCAGAGUAUGGUAGGACCAGGCUAAUGGACCAGAGUCUGGUAGGACCAGGCUAUGAAUAAUAUGCAUUGACAACUGGUCAUUUUUAAAAACAAACUGCCACGGAAUGUUCUGUCUUUAGAAUGGAAUUAAUAUUCAGUUACAAUGACUCAAAAAUCCAGAAUUCAUCGUGUAAAACUUCAGCUGAAAACAUUUCAGGGACUGCAAACCAAGUUAGUUGAUGUCUAUGUAAAAGACACGUGUAUGUUAAAGAAGAGACGAUGAACCGCGCCAGGGAAAAAGUAGAUUACAGUAAAAUGCCAUCACGCUCAGCCAGCCGUUUGAGAGCAGACAAAAGAGCUGUCGCAGGUGAAACGAAGACAUCGAAGAACCAUGAGCCCCACCGUGAGGUGCGAAGGAGAGACGUGCUGUGCAGCCGCACAUGUUACUACCGCAUUCAGGACUUCAUCGGAGAAGGAUGCUUUGGCAAAGUUGCCAAGUGUGUGAACUUAGUCACAUCACAGGAUGUAGCCAUCAAGAUCCUAAAAUCUGAGAAUAGCGAGGACGUUGAAGAAGAGAUCAAAAUGCUCAAAGCGGUGAGCGCUCUUGACCCAGUCAAGAAGAACGUGGCGCAGUUCCUCGAAAUGUUUAAACACAAAGGACAAACCUGUCUCGCUUUCGAAAUGUUAGACAGAAAUCUUCAUCAACUGUUGAGGGAGAGACGCUACAAGCCGCUGUCCCUCAGUGAGAUACGACCGAUAGCACAGCAGUUGCUGACGGCCUUUGACGCUCUGAAAGGCAUCGGUGUGGUUCACUCGGACCUGAAGCCGGACAACGUAAUGCUGACUAACCACCAGGGCGAGCCCUUCAGGGUGAAACUAAUAGAUUUCGGGGUGUCCUUCCCCACCUCAAAGGAGCAUCGUGGACAUACAAUCCAACCUCUGGGUUACAGGGCACCAGAAGUCUUCCUGGGUCUCCCCGUCUCCGAGGCCAUAGACAUGUGGAGUCUCGGCUGUGUGCUCUUCUGGCUGUACGUCGCCGAACACCUGUUUCCAGGUCACUUCCAGUACCAGUCUAUGAGAGGCAUCGUUGAAAUACUGGGACAGCCGGCUGACCACCUUCUCCGUGCCGGAUACUUCACCCACAAGUUCUUUACGAUGAACCAGAAAACAAACUACCCAAAAUGGUGGCUAAAGACUCCAGGCGAGUACGAGCUUUACAACGACAGAGAUCCUGGAGAAUGGGACAGGUCUUUUAACAGACUGGAUGACCUGAUAACAGUAGACAUCGAGCAACCUGUUGAACUGGAGGACCAAAGAGCUUUUGUGAGCCUCCUGAAAUCUCUUCUACAAAUGGACUCGAAGAAGAGGAUGGUUCCGGAGAAGGCUAUCACGCACCCAUUUGUUACAAUGGCCCAUCUGAUGGAUGAGACGGACAUGAGCGAGUAUGUGAACGAGUCCUUUCACAAAAUGCUGGUGUGUCCAAUGGAUUACGCAGAAGAGGAACGCCCAUCUGACGACGAGGCAGAUGAAGAGAGCAAAGGUGAAGGGCCUUCAGCCAGAACUCGUACCAAUGGCACAGGCUUAGCUUCUAGCCACAGGGCGGACAGUACAUCUGACGGGUUUCCUGAUGAAGCGAAGAAGAGCCCGCUCCAGAAAUUCUUCAGCAGGGCAGACAGUACAUCUGACGGGAUUCCUGUUAAAGCGAAGAAGAGCCCGCUGAAGAGAGCCCAGAAAUUCUUCAGCAGAGCAGCCAGUACAUCUGACGAGUUUCCUGAUGAAGCGUUGAAGAGCCCGCUGAAGAGAAUCCAGAAAUUCUUCAGCAGAGCAGCCAGUACAUCUGAUGAGUUUCCUGAUGAAGCGAAGAAGAACCCGCUGAAGAGAAUCCAGAAAUUCUUCAGCAGAGCAUCCAGUACAUCUGACGGGUUUCCUGAUGAAGCGAAGAAGAGCCCGCUGAAGAGAAUCCGGAAAUUCUUCAGCAGAGCAGCAAGGACCUUGCUUGGAAAGAAAAAAAUUUUGAAUGUUACUUGUGUUGCAGAGUAAAUGAUGUGUGCAUACACAGUAGUGCAGCAGAUUAGUAAAAAGAUACUCUCUAAGGGCCACUAUUUUAGAAAAAGGCAUUGGCCACUCAAAAAUUCAAUAUGCUAAUAUUGCUAUUCAAUAGAGAGCUGAAGUCCCGCCCCUUCCGGUGGACCUCAUGGGACCUAAACUCAGAAAAAAUAUGAACAAUAGUGAAC